AUGGAACCAUUCAUGGAGGUUCAGGCGGAUGAGCUGAGCGCAUCUGGGUCCACGUUCUUCGGCGCGGAUAGCGAGGACGAGCUGGAGUUGAGAGGCAAGUCCUCGAGCUCCACGCGCACGAGCACGCCCAACGAGGUCGCUCCCAUGGCGAAGGUGGUCGAGGCAGAAGCCAAGGACCUCAGCGAGGCAGGCUCGGAGCUGAGCCGCGCACUUCUGGAGGCGCAGCAGGCGCUGGACGCGGCCAGGCACUUUGUGCAGAGCCCCUCCCUUGCGCGGCGCCGGGCUCGAUGUACCUCCUCCGGAACCCGAAGUCCACGCGAGGCGCCGAUGGGCCGCGUCGGCCCGUGGCAAGGCCUUUGA